CACCAUCCCCCGCAGUACGGGUGGUUCCAGCGUCCCCUCAGCCCAGCUUGCAGAAGCCAUGCAGAGAGCCCGCGGCACUAGAGGCGAGGACGCGGGCACGAGGGCACCCCCUAGCCCCGGGGUGCCCCCGAAGAGGGCCAAGGUGGGGGCUAGCGAAGGGGCCCCAGCGGUCGCGUCCGGAGCGCCGGUCUUCCUGCGGUCCCUGAGGGACACGGCGGUGCUGGCUGGCAGCGACCUGCAGCUGCGGGUGGCGGUGAGCGGGACACCCCAGCCCAGCCUCAGCUGGUUCCAGGACGGGCAGCUCCUGCCCCCGCCGGUCCCCGAGCCCAGCUGUCUGUGGCUGCGCAGCUGUGGGCCGCGGGCCGCCGGCGUGUACCGCUGCAUGGCCCAGAACGCGAAGGGCGAGGCCUCCUGCCAGGCUGUGGUCACGGUGCUGGAGGUCAGAGACUCAGAGACGGGUGAGGAUGACAUCAGCGACGUGCAGGGGACCCAGCGCCUGGAGCUUCGGGAUGACGGGGCCUUCAGUACCCCAACGGGGGGCUCCGAUACUCUGGUGGGCACCUCCCUGGACACACCCCCGACCUCCGUGACCGGCACCUCCGAGGAGCAAGUGAGCUGGUGGGGCAGCGGGCAGACGGUCCUGGAGCAAGAAGCGGGCAGUGGGGGUGGCACCCGCCGCCUCCAGGGCAGCCCAAGGCAAGCACAGGCAGCCGGGGCCGGGCCACGGCACCUGGGGGUGGAGCCGCUGGUGCGGGCAUCUCGAGCUAAUCUGGUGGGCGCAAGCUGGGGGUCAGAGGAUAGCCUUUCGGUGGCCAGUGACCUGUAUGGCAGCGCGUUCAGUCUAUACAGAGGACGGGCGCUCUCGAUCCAAGUCAGCGUCCCUCCGAGUGGAUCGCGCAGGGAAGAGCCGGACCCCGAGCCGCAGCCGGCCAGCGAAGCCCUGCGCCGCCCAACCCUGCCACCUCCCUCCAAGUCCGCGCUGCUCCCCCCGCCUUCCCCUCGGGUGGGAAAGCGGCCCCCGCCGGGACAGAGCGCCCAGGCCGCAGCGCGCCCCACGUCGCCCCAUCGGCGCCCUCAGGAGCCCGUGCUGCCCGAGGACGCCACCGCCGAGGAGAAGCGCGGAAGAAAGGCCAGGUCGUCGGGGCCCUCGCUGGUGGGCACGCCGCGGAGCCGCGGGCCCAGGACGGAGCAGGGGGAAGGGCCGCAGCAGGAGGUGAGGCGCCGGGAGCAGUUCCCACUGACCCGGGGCAGAGCUAUCCAGGAGUGUCGGAGCCCCGUGCCGCCUGCGGCCGCGGAACCCGCCGAGCCCAGGACGAAAACGCCCUCGGGUCGGAAGCGAGAGCCCCCAGCGCAGGCGGUGCGUUUCCUGCCCUGGGCCACGCCGGGCCAGGAGAGCGCUACAGGGGUACAGACCUUGGAGAAAAACAGGGCGGGGCCGGAGGCGGAGAAGAGGUUGCGCAGAGGGCCUGAGGAGGACGGGCCCUGGGGGGCUUGGGACCGCCGAGGGGCCCGCAGCCAUGGCAAAGGUCGCCGGCCACGGCCCACCUCGCCAGAACUCGAGUCUUCGGACGACUCCUAUGUGUCAGCUGGAGAAGAGCCCCUGGAGGCGCCCCUGUUUGAGAUCCCCCUGCAGAACGUGGCGGUAGCCCCAGGAGAAGAUGCGCUGCUCAAGUGUAUUAUCACAGCCAACCCCCCGCCCCAAGUGUCCUGGCAGAAGGAUGGGUCAGCACUGGGAAGCAAUGGCCGCUUGCUCAUCCGGGCGGAAGGCGAGAGGCACACCCUGCUGCUACGGGAGGCCCGGGAGGCUGACGCCGGGAGCUAUGCGGCCAUCGCCACCAACGAGCUGGGCACAGCCCGCUGUGCGGCUGCCCUGGCUGUGAGACCCGGUAGGGAGCCCGUCACCCUUGGGCGGAGUGGAGAGUGGAUGCCCGCUGAGCCUCCAGACAGAGCACAGGGCCUGACGCAGCUGCAGACCUGCCGGGGAGCCCUGGCGCUGGGGCUCCAGAGCCAGUGCUGCUGA